UGUGGGUUUGGUGGGGGCGGGGAAGUGUCGUAGACCCGGUGCGUGUUGGCUGGGCGAAGUAGCGAUGUCACUGCAGACCCCGCAGGCUGCCACAGCCGGCUCAGAUCUCCCCGCUGUUACCGAGAAAGGGUCCUUGCUGGGUUACAAAAUGGGCGAGGACAGUUUUGUUCCCCCGUCAGUGGAGGAGGAAGAGGAAGACGGGGAGAAAGAAAAGGAGAAAGAGAAAUUGCCUCCUAUCCUGACCGCAUCUAAUACUGCUGCUGGGGGAUUGGAUAGAGGAACCAAAAGCCAAUUUUCUACUUUUAGCAGUUUUAUUUCCACUAUCAACCAAAAGAAAGAAGCAGCCGGAAGCAGCAGCUCACCUACACAACUUGUUAUACCCAACAUCAAAAAUGUGAGAGAUCUACCACCAAUUUGCCUUGAUGUUAGGCAAAAGCAGCGCAUCUCUAUAGAUACACUACCACCGGAACUGAAAGCUCCAGUCCCUCCAGAACCUUCCCUUCCCAUCCGAACCAAAACUAUGAAAGACUUCCAGGAGGAUAUGGAAAAAGCUAAGUCAUCAGGAGAUUGGAAAGCUGUACAUGAUUUUUAUUUAACAACAUUUGAUUCUUUCCUGGAGCUAAAUGCUGCAUUUAAGAAAGAUGUCAGUCUCCCUUUCAGUACCAUUGAAGACUCUGGAAUCAAUGCUAAAUUUGUGAAUGCUGUCUAUGAUGCCUUACUAAAUACUCCUCAAGAUAUUCAGAAGUCUGUCCUAAAAGGAAUAAUUAAUGGUCUGUUACAGGAGUGGAAAGGGCCACGAACAAAAGAUGAUCUGAGAGCAUACUGUAUACUUUUACAGAAUCCUCAGUUUAGUAACACAUCUACUUAUGUCAUCUAUGCUCACUUGCUAAGACAGAUAGCAACCUUGGCAGAAGCUGACCACCAUUUCCUAGCUCACUGGUUUAAAAAGAUUUCGCAGAGGAGAUUUAAGCAGUUAGUAGACAGGUUGCUGCAAUUUAUUUCUUUACGUCUGUUCCCUGCAAAACCUGAAGAAUUCCCACCCAUGAUAAAAUGUACUUGGUGGAUUCCAUCAGCAACCAAAGUCUUGUCUUUAUUCAAUGCUGCAAAUAGCCUAGCUAAUCCUGCUAUUAUUCCAUAUACGGAUUUUUAUAAUUCUACUUUGGAUCAUAUUGAUCUCAUGGAAGAGUAUCAUAACUGGCAGUGUUAUGGAAACUCUCACAGGUUUUCUUUCUGUCAGUAUCCAUUCAUUAUUUCUAUAGCAGCAAAAAAAGUUAUUAUUCAAAGGGACUCAGAACAACAGAUGAUAAGCAUGGCACGGCAAAGCCUAGUGGACAAAGUCUCUCGCAGGCAGAGACCUGACAUGAAUAUGUUAUUCCUGAACUUGAAAGUGAGAAGGAUGCACCUUGUUAGUGAUUCACUUGAUGAGCUGACACGGAAGAGGGCAGAUUUGAAAAAAAAGUUGAAAGUUACAUUUGUAGGGGAGGCUGGUCUUGAUAUGGGUGGCUUGACAAAAGAAUGGUUUCUUCUCCUUAUUCGCCAGAUUUUUCACCCGGACUAUGGUAUGUUUACAUAUCACAAGGAUUCACACUGUCACUGGUUUAGCAGCUAUAAAUGUGAUGAUUACUCUGAAUUCCGAUUGGUUGGAGCUCUUAUGGGACUUGCCGUGUAUAACAGUAUCACCUUGGAUAUUCGCUUCCCACCUUGCUGUUACAAGAAACUUUUGAGUCCUCCCAUUGUUCCCUGUGAUCAGAACACACCUGUAGGCAUCAGUGGUGUUUCAUUAGAUGACCUGUGUCAUAUUAUGCCAGAGUUGGCCCAUGGACUAAGUGAGCUUCUAUCCUAUGAAGACAACGUUGAAGAAGACUUUUAUUCAACCUUCCAGGUGUUUCAAGAAGAAUUUGGAGUCAUAAAAUCUUAUAACCUAAAGCCUGGUGGUGAUAAAAUUCCAGUUACGGCUCAGAAUAGGAAAGAAUAUGUGCAGCUUUAUGUUGACUUCAUUCUCAACAAAUCAAUCUACAAACAAUUUGCAGCUUUUUAUUAUGGAUUCCAUAGUGUCUGUGAUUCAUAUGCGUUGAUGCUACUUCGUCCAGAAGAAGUUGAAAUUCUUGUUUGUGGAAGCCCUGAACUGGAUAUGUAUGCUCUACAGAGAAACACCCAGUAUGAUGGCUACCUGAAAACUGAUCUCACUAUACGAUACUUUUGGGAGGUAGUACUUGGAUUUCCUCUUGAUCUCCAAAAGAAGCUACUGCAUUUUACUACAGGAAGUGACAGAGUACCUGUGGGAGGGAUGGCUGAUUUGAAUUUCAAGAUUUCAAAGAGUGAAACAUCCACUAACUGGUUACCUGUGGCCCACACCUGCUUCAACCAGCUUUGCCUCCCUCCUUACAAGAGCAAAAAAGAACUGAAGCAGAAGCUGAUCAUUGGAAUUUCAAAUACAGAAGGUUUUGGUCUAGAAUAAGAUGAAAGAUUUAAAAUACCGGAUUUUUUAUGUAGCACUCACUCUCCUCUUAUUGUGCCUUUAAGCUUUUCAUGUUUCUGUCUCUUGAUCCUGUGCCAGUCUUAUCCAAUUUAAAACAUGAUUUUUUUUUUAAUUAAAUGCAAAGUGCAUUUGUUUUUGCUGUAUGGCAAUACAUUUACUGCUUGUUUUUUCAGAAAGUAAUUUUCAUAAAAUACAGAAUGCUGCAUUACUUGACAGAAGAAAGCUGACAGAGGUGACAAAUUCCAGGUUACAGUUUUGUCUCUGAUUAUUCUUGGAGCACUGUAUAAUUAAUCAUAAUUUGCAUCAUGAUGCAUGUUCCACUGGGAAAGGAAACACAAAAGGUUUCUUGAUUAGGUAAGCCAAGUGGCAGAAUGUCUUUAAUUAAUACACGCAGUAGCAAAGUGUAUAACUGCCAUUCAUGUGAGACAUGAGGCCAUAUUUUCAUAUUGAGACAUAAAGCAAUUUUAGCCUGGAUAAAAUGUAUACAGUUUUAAUGUUCUGGCUUUCGUUAUCAAAUAAUUAAGCAGGAUAUUUAAAAAGCAUGUAAAUAACUGUCUGUGGAAAAAUAGGAUUUUGAUAGUGCCAUUAAUUGCUAAAGAUUUAUUUUUACAAAUACACAGUUUUAGAUGUUAUAUAUUCAGCUUUUACAGAUCAACAGAAUUGAUUUGUACAGGGAUGUUAAAAGUACUAUAUUCAGUAUAACUGGACUCAAGGACAAACUUUAAGUAUUAAACAACCUGCAUGUUAAUUUUAUGAAAUUGGCAGCAAACUAGUCAGUUUGACUGUAGAUAUUGUAGUUUUGUAACCAUGGCUUACUUAAAGAAAUUGGAUGUUGACAGGUAAAUUCUAAAUCUCUUUGAAUCACUUCAGAGAUAAGUGAUAUCCACAUCACAUGGAAAAAUAUUAAAAUUUUAACUUGUGAACCAUACUGUCAUUUGAUCAACAAUUUUAUGCUAGAAAUCUUUUAGUAAAAGUUUAUUAGAGUAAGCUAUGACAAAAGUGAAUACAAGAACAAAUCAAAAUGCUGUAGCUUUCAUUUAACUUGAAGGUCAGUAUUUAGACAAUGUUUUGUUUUUUUCGCUGCACACUAAUAAAGUAAAUGUAAAGAUAUUCUUGUCUGCAAGUCUUAGCAAAUUUGGAGUUGGGGAAGAAACUGAUUGUAAAAUGCAGGCAUAAUUACAAAUCCAUUUUUAUUCACAACCUGAGACAGUUAGCAGCAUACAGUAUAGUAUAUUGUAUUUUUUUACAUCAGGUAAUACCUACUGUAUGUUCUAUAGAUUUUGCAACGGAACUUAUUUGCAAUAACAAAAUAUACAGUAAUUUUUCUGAUACUUUUCUUAUUCUGGCUAUUUCUUCCUUUCUAUACUACUUACAUACAACCAGCAGAUUUCUACGUUGGUUAAUAAACUAAUCUGGCUACCCUGUAACCUUAAUGCCAUUAAUCCUUUAGUAAAUAACUACACAUUUCAUUCUGUUCUGAUCCUUAAAGAAGGUAGUGAUAUUUUACCAUUUUUAUUUUAUUAGGAAUAGAGAUUAGUGGUAGGAUUUUUGAAAGCAUUCAGCAUUGGCUUAACUCAGUUCCUCUUUAAGUCAGUGGUAAAACUACCAUUGACUUCAGUGGGAGCAUAUUUAGACCAGUAAUUGGUGCUUUUAAAAAUACCACUCUAGAAUUAUAUUUUUAAUCUGAAAAUGUAAAGUGAAUCAGUUACACAAAUCACACUGCUUCAUCACUGUACUGCCUGAACUAAAAAAACAUUUUAAAUGGGUAAAAUAUUAAUAAGCACAAAAAUGUGAGUGUAUUUUAGAAAUCAGAAUUAUGUAUAUUUUUAUUAAGUAAACUGGAAACAAAAUUUUUGUUUCUAAAGGGGGUGAUUCAUGGAAAGUUGUCUUAUGUAUUUUGUUUAUGAAUUAAUAGCUAUACAGUUUCUCAUGUAAAAUGCACAUAAGUCAAUAUUUUUAUGACUCAAGCCCACAUUUAAUAACUGAAGCAUUGUUUCUGCCUAUCAUUAAGAUAAAAGCUUUACAUUUUAAUCUUUUAUCACAAAAUUGCACUUUGCCUUGGUUUAGUUUUAAUUAUUAAAAGCUUUUUGGGUUUACUGUAUAAUAUUACCUCAAAAUUUUAAAAGCUAUUAUAUUUGCAUCCAUUUUUAAAUAAACUAGAGAACUGUCAUUGAAUUACAUUUUAUAUUUCCUGACAUUAAGUUAAAUAAUUGUAAUUUUUGUAUUUGUUAAAUGAAAGCAUUGCACAGUAUUUAUGAAAUAAGCCUCUGAUCUCCUCAUUUAACAUUGUUUGCUCAACUACAUUUUAUUUUGUUGUCUUGCAAUGUAAUCCAAUGAAACCUUCCACCCAUUUUUUCUCUCUACAA